AGGAAGGCAGAGCUGCAGAGGGCUGGAGCAACAAGACUCUCCACAGCAGAGCAGCCGUCUUCAAAAAAAAAAAAGAGAAAGGAAGAAAAAAGGAAAGAGGGAGACAGCCGGGUCACAGGAGUCCACCAAGCGUCCAGGAGACAGCCAACAACUCAGGGACUCAGCCAAAAGAGGCGGGGAGCAGUUUGUUAUUGGAAAAGCUGACAAGAGAGCAAGGCAGCAGGGAGGGGAGAGAGACAGAGAGGUGGCUGCCUGACUUUGAGUUGGUCAGUGAAGGCCUCAUGCAGCUUCUUAGCAGCAACUCAAUCCCAUUUUUAUCUGCCUGACACUCGUCGACUUUGUGCAAAGCUCACCGGAGCCCAGAGGGGAGAGAAAGAGGGGAAGUAAAGGGAUAAGCAGGAAACAAGGAGGACAAGAGAGAGAGAAAAGCAAACAUGAUGACCCAAGAACAGUGCACUCAUAGGAACAAUGUCCAGAGUUCAGAGAAACCACAAGUGUACAAAGUGGGAAUAUACGGCUGGAGGAAACGCUGCCUUUACUUCUUCGUCCUGCUGCUGAUGAUUCUGAUCCUGAUCAACUUGGCGCUAACUAUCUGGAUCCUCAAGGUCAUGAACUUCACCAUAGACGGCAUGGGCAACCUCAGAAUAACAGAGAAGGGCCUGAAACUGGAGGGGUACUCUGAGUUCCUCCAACCCCUCUAUGCCAAAGAAAUCCAGUCCAAACCAGGCCGCCCGCUGUUCCUGCAGUCGUCCAGAAACGUGUCGGUGAAUAUCGUCGGCAGCAACAACCAGCUGCUCACACAACUCGUAACAGGAUCCAGUGGAUUUAAAGCACAAGGCAAGAUGUUUGAAGUCAAAUCCACCUCUGGGAAGCUGCUCUUCUCCGCCGACGAGCAGGAGGUGGUGGUGGGCGCCGAGAGGCUCAGAGUGAUGGGGGCCGAAGGAGCCGUGUUCAGCAAAUCAGUGGAGACGCCGCAUGUCAGGGCCGAGCCCUUCAAAGAGCUACGGCUGGAGUCUCCCACUCGCUCCCUGCUGAUGGAGGCUCCUAAGGGGAUCCAGAUCCUGGCCGAGGCCGGGGACAUCCAGGCCAUCUGCAGGAACGAGCUGCGACUGGAGUCCAAAGAUGGAGAGAUCUCUCUGGAUGCUCGGAGGAUCCGCCUGAUGCGGCUGCCGGAGGGGAAGGCCUCCACCAGCUCCUCGUCCUCCGGGACCAGGCAGACUGUCUACGAGGUUUGCGUUUGCCCCAACGGGAGGCUUUUCCUGUCCCAGGCCGGCACCGGAUCCACCUGCCAGAUCAGCAACAAUGUCUGCCUCUAGGACUGAUAACAUACGAAUAGGAAUCAAUACAGAGAUCUGCUGAAAGAAAGACAGGCAAAAACAGACGGAUGUACACAUAUCUCCUGCCUGUAGGACCGACUCAGAGCAAACACAGACACAUACAAAGACUGCCAGAGCUGAUGGAUAAACAAUCAUAGAUACUGUACCUUUACAGAUACACUGACGCAUACACUUUACAAUCACAAACACUGACUGAUGCUUAGGCUCAACCGAUAUGUUUUAAAGGACCAGUACCGAAAAUUUUGAACUGACAGCUGACAUUUGGUGCCAGUAUUUCAAUGCUAAAACUAUUUUUUCCCAUAAUUUUAUAUGAGAAGAAAAGCCUUUGAAAGCAGCAUUUAGAGCAUCAUGGGACACUGAACCCCUCCUGAGUCUCAUACUCAUCAGUCGAAGCUAUUUCUACACACAGAGCGCUAAAACACACCGGGCUUUUAAAUUGAAUUAUAUGAAGAAAAGAAAAGAAAUGUGUUGCAUUGCAGGUUUUAACAACUUUUUAAUACAACUGAGGUCAAAUAGGAUUGUUCACCCUGAUCAUAUGACACUGAAUGGACACACUAAUAUUUGAUAAAGUAUUGGUAAUAUAUCGGUCUGACCCUAACAGUCAUACAUUACACUGCUAUUCAUUAAUAGCGUACACACAUGCAGAUGCACACACUAGCUUACAGAAUAGAUAUUUUACCACACACACACACACACACACACACAUAUACACACUCACACUCUUUGCUCCUGGUAGAAACUGAGAGGAAAACCUCCAGAGAUUUACUAGAGGAGACACUGAUCUGUUCUCUUUCUCCCUCAAGAGCAUUUCAGUACCAGAAUCACUAGGGUGAUCACCCAUGGCAACGCCCCCCUCCCCCCUCCUCACCCGCUCCUCCCUAUCCUCUGUUCUUCUUCUCCUCCUUCCUCACCUUCCCUUCUUCCUUCUCCACCACAGCUGAUAAUUAAAGGGUUUCUGCUUCCCCCUGUCUUCUAUGUUAAAGCCCAGGAGGCACACUAUAAGCACCUGAUGUGAACUGGGUCAGGAUGUGAGAUGCUAUACAAGUCGAACACGUCGCAAACAGCAGUGUCAGUCAAAUCACACCAGAUCCAGAUGUGUGUGUGGGUUCACAUUAGGUGCUGUUAGUGAGCCUCUGUGACAGAGCAUCUGCAGUGUGAUCCUUACUUUCCUUUAGAAAAACAAGUGGAUGUUAAUGUGGGACAUCAGGCCAAACUAUGUCGAUGCCAUGGUCACAUCAUAUCGCAUUUUCCCCGACCCUCAUUAUACAAAUCAGCCUCGCAGUGCUGGAUGUGGACGUCCAAAC